AUUAACACUUUACAAUUUGAUAAUAAGACAUCGCUCGACAAUUAAACAUGCCGUGGACAGCUCAGCAAAGAAGUCGUUUGGUAACAGAGAAGGCAAUUCUCGACAAGUUCUUUCCUGGUCAUGUUAAAUGGAUUGAUCCAACUGAAGAUACGAAAGUAGAAGUGUCUCUUAACACAAACAAUGGUAACAAGUAUUGUUUGAGAGUGUAUCUUAAGGAAGAUGGUGAAUCAAGCUCUGACUUUCCUAAUUCUGUUCCAGAUAUGGUUGUGUCUUCUUCACCAAAUCCGAUGCCGAAAUGGGGCACUGGUGAUAAAACGCACACAUUGGGAUAUCGCGACGGAUAUUUAAAGAUCUGUCACUACCGGUCGAGCAGAUGGACAGAUAAAUCCACACUGUAUGAAGUGAUCAUAAAAGGAAGGAUUUGGCUGGAAGCUUAUGAAGCACAUUUGACGUCGGAGAAUAAAGAAAAAAAUAUUUGUGAUUUUCUUGGGGAAAUGAAAGCAUAACUAUGUUUGAAAGAACGAAAGCAAAAUCGUAUGUAUUUGAAUUAUUCUUCGCUGUAUGACAUAACUGGUAAAUUUUCUUAAAGAAGGAAAUGUUGUAGCAACAUUUCAUAACUAUUGUAACAAAUAGGCACAAUCCCUCAUGAUAUAAUCUAUGUUGUAUGAAGCCAACAUUAAAAUUUUGUAAUCACAUUUUAAUAAAAAUGACAACAAACACUGCGCGCAAACAUUUCUGUAUCGACUCAUUAAAAACUUUUCUUACAUAUUGACAAGUCAUUACUCAAUAGUAAGUCGUAAAA